CGGGGGAGAAGACUGUGGGCUUCCUCUACAGGAAGACGAAAACUCUGCAAGGCCUAACUCGGGGCAAAAAACUUCCAUGAGUCUUGCAGUUUUCCACGUCCCCCGUGUCAAGGCUCACUUGCAGACGUUGCCACGAAAGCACAGGAGCACAAUGUGGAAGUUACUGAGCUGCACACUGUGUGUGUUUGUUGUGCUUUCACAGCUCGGCCUGUGGUCAGUUCAGGCAGCUGAAGAUGAUGAGCUGGACGGACAGGUCAAGAUCGAAGUCCUGUUCCAGCCCGUGGAGUGUUCUUCGAAGAGCAAAAGGGGAGAUUUGAUGAACGUCCACUACGAUGGGUAUCUGGCCACAGAUGGUUCCCAGUUUUACUGCAGUCGGUCUGACAGGACAGGGUACCCUCAGUGGCUUGUGCUGGGCGUCGGACAAGUCAUCAAAGGCCUCGACAUCGGGAUGAUGGAUAUGUGUGUUGGAGAGAAACGAAAAAUAAUUGUUCCACCGUCUCUGGCUUUCGGGGAAAAGGGCAAAGGUCCUGUGCCACCCAAUGCCACUGUGGUCUUUGAGGUGGAGGUCUUAGCUGUAUCCAGAGGCCCACGCAGCUUGGAGGCUUUUGGACAGAUGGACACAAAUAAGGACAAAAUUCUUACAAAGGAAGAGGUAAAAGCAUACUUGAAACUGGAGUUUGAAAAAGAUGGCAAGCCACAUGAUGAGCCUUUCUACGAGAAGAUUUUGAAUGACAUAUUCCAAAAGAAUGACCUAGACAAAGAUGGACUAAUAAACACUAAGGAGUACAAUAUUUAUGAACAUGAUGAGCUCUAGUGUCCAAUACAUGAAAUAUUCAUUGUACUUUUUUCAGUUAGAGAGUAAAUGAGUAAGUAAGGAAUAUACUAAAAGAAAACUCCACCUUCUUAUGUCAUUGCACUGUUACAUCCUAGGUUUAAGUUUUGGGAAAUUCCGUUGUGAUUUGGCAUUCAUUUUCUGGUUUACCCACAUUAUAUAGUCUGUUUUUCACUUCCCCUUGUGGAGUGUGUUUUGUUUUUUUUUCCAUGUAUGAUGUAUCAGUCUGAAAUGGUAAAUCUAUUAAAAUAAAAGUCCUGGCUGUUCAUGGAAGUAAUGCCAAAACCUGAAAUCUUUAAAACUGCUUUAGCAUCAAUGAAUACAAUUUUGUAUCAGUUAGUCACAGUAUCUGUGAGUAUACUUUCAAAAAAUGAAAAAAGGUAACAUGUUUUAAUAAGGAUACAUUGCCAUACGUUAAUCCAGUAAUAAACAUUAACUAACAGUUAACGGUAUCUAAUAACCAUUUCAUUUAAUGGUUCAAUUAUCAUUAAAAUUGAACAUAAUUAUAAUUAUGUUCAUGUUAACUAAGAUAUUAAUUUAUAUAAUACUGACAUUACUAAUUGUGAUUGUGAUUUUAUCAAUGUAACUGUGGCAUUUUGGGUUCAUUAAACAUUAAAUUAAUAGAAGUUAAUGCAUAUAAUAUUAAGAAACACGUAGUCGAAAGCUCAAGUCCUGCCCCUCCACUCUUUCCCAUGAGACCUAACUUUAGAAAAAAUACGAAACAAGUAAUUUUUUGAGCCCAUUUGAAUUCUGGCACCAUUUUUACACCAAUUUUACCAGCCAAGAAAUUUGCAGUUUGUGGCAAAGAUAGUAAAGAAACAACUGGUUUUGCAGGUUUUUGAUUUGGACUGUAUAUGUCAUCGCAUGUGAUACAUCAUUCACACCAAAACAGCUGCUGCCUCAGCACAUUUUACCUCAGUCUGUGAGAGCAAGGCGAAAAAGUAUUAAAAUAGGUGAAAAUCACUAGUUUGGUCAUGUUAAAGCUGCAGACACGUAGACUCUGAACCCAGUGUGGAGAGACAGUGAUGAUGUCGUCUCUGUGACUUUAGGGUGUGUAGUCUUUGUGUUUUCAUAUUUUCAGUGUGAUGGUUCAUCAGUUUUACCACAAACUCCAACUUUCUUGACUUCAAAAAUUUUCUCUUAAAUUGACUAACACUAUCCAUGUAAUUGAUGACAUAAUUCAAACUGGAUCAAAAAAACUGAAAAAGUGUCUUUUGUCACUGACUGUGAAGCAGUUUUCUCUUAAAUUAGGUGUCAUGGGACAGGGAUUCAGCACUCUAUUAGCAGUUAAAUUAUAUGUCAUAAUCAUUAAUGAAUUGUGUUCAUGUUAACUAAGGGAGACAUUCAUACGUUAUUAACAUUAAUUAAUAUGUGUUAAUGCUUUAAGGAGCUGUUAACAAAUAAUGUGUCUCAGGUGUUAAGGUUUUAAUUUGUACAAUAUUCAAUAGAUCAUAAAGAUGCUAACCUUGCUACUUAAGCAUGUAACAUUAUUUGUAAAUAAUUGCCAGGCACAUUAGUUAACUGUUAAUGAAUACUUAUUUCUGUGCUAACUGAUGUUGAUAAACAUACCCUCAUAUACAUUUUUCCAAAAAUCCCUUUAAUGACAGGAAAAAUCGGACUUUUCCUCAUAAAGAAUAGUUGAAGUCAAAGACAAGCUUCUGUACCACCUGAACAAACCUUACUUUUAUGCAAAUACCACUAUUUUAGCAUUCACCAAUCCACCAGUUUUUCUGAACCUCAUGCUGCAGCAAAGAAUGAUGAUUUUAGAAGAAUUUGGAAUCAGUUUCUAUGGAAACUACCAUGUCAGAAAUAAGAUGCAAUAAAAGGUCUUGAGUUAUUAGACACCAAUGUGUAUUUUCUGUUUUCUGGCUGCAUUUCUCAAAUAAGUGUAAUUCACCACUGAAGCUCCCUGGAAAUGUUUAAAGAUGAAUGCAUUUUUUCACUGAUUAUUUUUUAUGAAAUAUUGGCUCAGUCAAAUAAAACAAGUAUGUGACUGCAAUGGGAACAUUUGAGUGAUGAUAGAAGGCAUGUUGAGAGUAUGUCAGACAUGUUUACAGGUUUUGUUUUUAUCUUAAUGGCGAAAAAAAAACAGUUCUUUUUUUGCACAAUAAACUACAAAUGAA